CCAUGGGGACCCUAGCCACCCGGGCCGCCUGCUAUGGGGCACACCUGGCCCUGGCUCUGUUGCUGCUGCUGUCGCUGUCGGGUCCAUGGCUGUCGGCUGUCGUCCCCGAGACUCCACCUCUCUUCAACGUCAGUCUGGACGCGGCCCCGGAGCAGCGCUGGCUGCCGCUGCUGCGGCACUACGACCCAGACUUCGUGCGCGCCGCGGUGGCGCAGGUCAUUGGCAACAGAGUUCCCCAGUGGGUACUCAAGACGAUCGGGGAAAUCGUGUGGAAGGUGGAGAACUUCCUGCCUCAGCCCUUCACUGACGAGAUCCGCGGCAUUUGUGACUUCCUCAACCUCAGCCUGGCCGAUGGUAUCUUGGUCAAUCUGGCCUAUGAGGCUUCGGCAUUCUGCACCAGUAUCGUGGCCCAAGACUCCCAAGGCCGUAUUUAUCAUGGCCGGAACCUGGACUAUCCUUUUGGAAAUACCUUACGAAAUCUGACGGCGGACGUGCAGUUUGUAAAGAAUGGGCAGAUUGUAUUCACGGGGACCACUUUUGUUGGCUAUGUAGGACUGUGGACAGGUCAAAGUCCACACAAGUUUACAAUUUCUGGUGAUGAACGAGAUAAAGGCCGGUGGUGGGAGAAUAUGAUCGCGGCGCUUUCACUGGGCCACUCCCCCAUCAGCUGGCUUAUCCGCAGAACCCUGAGUGAGUCAGAAAACUUUGAAGCAGCUGUUUACACGCUGGCCAAGACUCCCCUCAUUGCCGAUGUUUAUUACAUUGUUGGGGGUACAUCGCCCAAGGAGGGACUAGUCAUCACCAGGGACAGAGGUGGCCCGGCGGACAUUUGGCCUCUUGACCCUCUGAAUGGAGCGUGGUUCCGAGUUGAGACGAAUUACGACCACUGGAAGCCUGUACCCAAGAGGGAUGACCGAAGAACACCAGCCAUCAAAGCCCUAAAUGCCACAGGGCAAGCUCACCUCAGUCUGGAGACCCUCUUCCAGGUUUUAUCCAUGUUUCCUGUUUAUAACAACUACACAAUUUAUACUACAGUUAUGAGUGCUGCCGAGCCCGACAAGUACAUGACCAAGAUCAGAAACCUGAGCUGAAGGUGAGCAGGUGAUUUAUCAUCAAAAAGCUGGAUUUAGAUGUCUGAGACUGGAAAUAUUGUACCAUUUUUCCUGAGCAACACCAGCUCCCUUCUCAGGGAGCUUUUCUGCCUUGUGGAGGGAGAGGUCUCUCGGCACAAGUCUGGAGGAAGAGGACAGAAGCCCACUGUCUUGCAUCCUCCUGACUUCCUGGUCCCCUUGAGCUUCAUUAACAACCCACCCUGGCUUGAACAACUCAGAUAACUGGUCUCAGAGGUCAGGCUGCAUUCGACCAGUCACAAGUGUCCUGUGAUUCUGUGUUCGCACUCCUACUUUUCCACUGAAGAAGGGAACAAGAUGGCCGUCAUGUGGAAGGAAGCCUUGUGGACAAGCCCCAUAAGAAAGUUUCUCCUAAGGCUGGGGUGAGGCUCAGUGGCAGAGUUUGCACCAUUAGAUAGAUAGAUAGAUAGAUAGAUAGAUAGAUAGAUAGAUAGAUAGAUAGAUAGACAGACAAAGGUUUUCUCCAAAGAGGAAGGACCUCUAAUUUGAGUAGAAUUUGCUUGAGGGUAUUUCCUCUGACCUUUGACUUCAUGCUUUACAUAGUGGAAACUCACUUUUUGUAAACUUCUAAUGUAUUUUUAAAAUAUGGACCUUUUAAAAAAUAAAACUACUUUCUGAAAAUUGUAUGACACUAAA